CAGCAGCUUGAUCUGCUGAACGCGCCUUUUGUUUUAUUGAUCUUUAGCUCUUUUGUCAACAUGUUGCCUUCCACAGUCGAACACGUGUGAACACGUUAAAUAACGGUUUGGUUCGAUGUCCACAUUUGCCGUAAGAUAUCUUCCGUUGGUUCCUUUGCUAGAAGAAGAGGGAUUGUAUUCAUUAUCGUUGGGAUUAAUUAUAGCCUUAUUAGUAAUGAGUAUGUAUUAUCGCAGCGGAAUGCGGAAUUGCAAAAAAGUUAAGGCUCGAGAGGAAGUAAAUCACGGCAACCGGAAGUCAACCGAGCGCCAUCAUGGCGCACUUUGUAAUCGCAUUAAAACGAAAUCGCGAAAACGAAUCCCGUUUCAACGUACGAGAAUGCGAGCCGAUACGAAAUGCACCACCUGGAAAGAUGUACGUACGAUGUCCGUGCAAUUGUCUGUUCUUAUGUAAAAGCUCCUCGCAGUGUAUCAGCUGCCCCAAGCCAAAUUGUAAACGUGUUAUCAAUCUGACUGAUCUGACACCGAACCCCAUACCGGGCAUGCGCAAGGUGGGAUGUGCCCAUUGCCAUGACACAUUCUUGUUUAACACGUUUAACGGUUUGGUUCGAUGUCCACAUUGCCGUAAGAUAUCUUCCGUUGGUCCAAACUUUGUUAGAAGAAGAGGGCUUGCAUUAAUUUUCGUUGGGAUUAUAACCUUAGUAAUUGCUACAGCUUUAAUGGUCGGGACCUAUAUAUAUGCAGGAAACGGAGGUCUUUAUCUAAUUUAUAUUGUUGGAUUUCUAUUGGGGCUUUUAAGCUUGGGUCGCGGCAUUUAUUACUGUACGAUGAAGAACAGUUUGAUAGAGGAUCCCGUAUAGGCUCCCAAACAGCAGUGAGCAACCGGUAAUAUGAAUCAAAACCCAUUGAGAUGAAUGUCAUGUAACCUAUUUAGAACAAAUGUUAAUAGUAAUGUGACAUUUCAAGCCCUUUUGAGGCAAGGAGUAUAUACGCAUAUGGGUAUAUAUGCAUGGCUAUAUGCAGAUCUGUAUUGUUUAUUAUAAUGCGUGUAUACAUUCUUAUAUAAUACGCAUACACAUAUGAAUGUAUUUCGCAAUUGGGAAGAAAGCAAACGUUUGCGACGCUUUCCCCAGGUAAGAUAACGAUCGUUGGAAAUCUCUCUCGAAAGCCUUAUUUUUAUACGAAGAAUAAAUUGUUCCUAUGCACUUUUAUAUGUGCAAGCAUAGAAGCAAUUAGCUAUCGGCUCUCCGUGUUUUAUUUUACUUACUGACUAAAGAAUACGCUUUAUAUUAAAAUAUACGUACAACCUACAUACAUGCUUUUUAUAACAUAUUACGCGUAUUAAGUGUAUACAAAUAGAAUCGAAGUGCAAAUGUGCUCAUAUUCCAAUUGUACGUACGAAGUAAGUUUUAAAACUCAUAUACGAGUCUGUACGAAUCUGUUUUGAAAUAUAUUCUUUACAUUCUAUAUAAAAGCAUCUAUAUUAAAAACAAAAUCGCAUUAUUUCAAAUAAAUUUCUAGGUUUAUAAUAUAAAUAAAUAAUAAAAUAUAAAUAAUGCACUUAGUGAUACAAAUCCAAAUAUAGAAUUUCCCUGAUUAUUACGUGAAGAAUACUCUGUAAGAUGUUUUCAGUUUUUGCUGUAAAGUACACGUGAUAUCAUCGGUCAUGAAAAUAUAGUCUUAUUGAUUAGGUGUGUUUUCGUCAUAUAGCUUUUAUAAUCUGCAAUACUCUUUCAAAUGCAACUCUUUUUUCUAGGCAACUCUUUCUACAGCAACUAUUCUCAACUCUAUACAUAUAAGUUUCCUUAUCACAUAAUAGAAGAUGUUAUACUUGUUGAAAAAAAUAAAUUCCGUUUGGUAAAAAACUAA